AUGUCCGACGAUAAAGAAUACAUUUCCUAUAACAACGUCCACCAGUUAUGUCAAAUUUCAGCCGAAAGGAUUAAAAAUUUCAAGCCAGACCUUAUCAUUGCUAUCGGCGGUGGUGGUUUCAUCCCUGCCAGAAUUUUGCGUACCUUUCUAAAGGAGCCAAACUCCCGUACAAUCAGAAUUUUUGCCAUUAUUCUUUCUCUGUAUGAGCAAACUGGCUCCAGUGGCGAGGAAAGUAUCGGUACCAAGGUCCAGAGAACCCAGUGGAUUGACUAUGAGCAAUGUAAGCUGGAUUUGGUCGGCAAGAACGUUCUAAUCGUCGAUGAAGUCGAUGACACACGUACCACCUUGCAUUACGCCCUCAGUGAAUUAGAGAAGGAUGCAGAAGAACAGGCGAAGGCCAAGGGUAUUGAUCUAGAGAAAAAUCCCGAGUCAAAGACAACUUUUGCCAUCUUUGUCUUGCAUGAUAAAUUAAAGCCAAAGAAGGCUGACCUUCCACCAGAGAUCAUCAAUGAUAACAAUCGUUAUUUCGCUGCUAAGCAAGUGCCAGACAAAUGGUUUGCAUAUCCAUGGGAAUCCAAAGAUAUUGUAUACCACACAAAAAGAGCUAUGGAACAAGGUAAUGACGUAUUUUUACCAUAG